AAGGUUAGCCCAGAGCAUGUUCUGGAUUGGGAUUGAGUCACGCCUCUUAACCUCCCACCCCACCACUCUCCCAGGUGCAUGUCCCCAGCCACACCUGGUGGGGCAGCUGACUUGAUAAAAAGUAGCUCCGAGGGGGUGGGCGGGGGCUAUUCGAGGAGCAGGAGGAUGAGCGCUGAGUAUGGACAGCGGCAGCAGCCCGGGGGCCGUGGGGGUCGCAGUUCUGGGAACAAAAAGUCCAAAAAGCGCUGUCGGCGCAAGGAAUCCUACUCCAUGUAUAUCUACAAGGUGCUGAAGCAGGUGCACCCUGACAUCGGCAUCUCUGCCAAGGCCAUGAGCAUCAUGAACUCGUUUGUAAACGAUGUGUUUGAGCGGCUGGCAUGUGAGGCUGCCCGGCUGGCCCAGUACUCGGGCCGGACCACCCUGACAUCCCGAGAAGUCCAGACAGCCGUGCGUCUGCUGCUGCCUGGGGAGCUGGCCAAGCACGCUGUGUCCGAGGGCACCAAGGCUGUCACCAAGUACACCAGCUCCAAGUGACCCAGGGUCUGACAAAAAUAAAGGCUGAACUGUU